CCCCGUUGCCCAGACUCCUGACGGCCGGUUCCCCACCUCUCCAGUCCUCCGCCCUCCCUACUUCCCCGUGGGGGCGGAAGUGACGAAGGCAUCGGGGCACCGGCCUAAUGCUCCCGCGGAAGCACAGCAACGACCACGCCGGAGGUUCCGGCGCUGAGCGGGUUUCUGACUUUCAGAGCUUCCCGGGCCGCCGGUUCCGGACUGACGUCUGGGCCGAGUCUAGGGCCAAGCUUUGGCCGCUGCUCGCGGUUCCCGACAGGCUCACGCGGCGGGCGGGGCGGCUGCGGAAAGGCGCCGCCGCAGAGGCGUGCCGGAGAGGCCCGAGAACCGUAGGAGGAAUGGGCUUCAUUUCCUCAGACUGAAGAAGGGAGCUUAUCUGAGGGAAGAGCCCGGGACCGCGAGCCAGGCCGCCGCCGCGCGGUCGCUUCUCUUCCUGUGCUUCCGGUUGACUCGUCUGGACGGUGAGGAGUUAGCUCGAGUGACCUCAAAGUCCCUUUUAGUUCGGACUCUGAGCUCUUCACAUUUUCAAAGAAGAAUGGAGGAAAAUAUGAAGCUUGCUACAGUGGAAGAUACUGUGGAGUACCGCCUGUUCCUGAUACCAGAUGAACCAAGGGACCCAGAAAAACACAAGGAGAUUCUUCAGAAGUAUAUUGAGAGAAUAAUGACCCAAUUUGCACCUAUGCUGGUCCCUUAUAUCUGGCAGAAUCAGCCUUUCAAUCUCAAAUAUAAACCUGGGAAAGGAGGUGUUCCUGCUCAUAUAUUUGGUAUGACAAAGUUUGGAGAUAACAUUGAGGAUGAAUGGUUUAUUGUUUAUAUAGUAAAGCAAAUUACAAAGGAAUUUCCAGAAUUGGUAGCAAGGUAUUAUAGUUAUCUUAAUAAUUCUAAAGGAAUUUUAUUGUUGAAAAUGAUGACAUUUUUAUCCAUUUAGUAAUUUUCCUUCUGUUGUCUGGUAGAAAUUGUACAAAUUUGGAACACAGCUUUUUUUUAAAAAAAAUGUGUUUUUAUUGAUUUCAAAGAGGAAGAGAGAGAGA